UCGUUUCUUUAAAUUACCAGUUUGAGCUCCAUUAUGUUGAUUUCCCGAAAGGAAAUCGUUUCGAUAUUGCUGCUGUUAACGGCGAUAAUCUGUGUGCUGAACGCGUCCUUCUUCGCCAAUAUCCUGCCCCUCCACGUCAGUUAUGAGCAGCUGGGCCAGCAGAUCGUCUGCCUGGGAACGGCCUAUAUCUGCUUGAUUUACGCCCUGAGCACCUGGCUAUACCACUCGAAUUAUUCUAGGACCCGUCUGCACAUGCGAUUGGUGCUUAUUGCCAUGAGUCUGGUGAUGUUGGUCUGCAACAUCGUGUCUGCCUACUUCUUUUUGCAGGGAUUAUCGUUUUCGAGUCUUAGUAAAACUGCGGAAUUAUCUUUGCUUUUCAGCAGCUUUGCCGAGGAUUCGAGGUCGGCCAGCAUAGGUCUUUCGAUUAUCAGCGUUGUGCUGCUGUUUGUGGUCAUCGUGUUGACCAUUGUUUCCAUCAUUCAGAAGCGCAAGAAGAACAACACCAAGGGGAAACUGCAGGAUGCGGAGUCGCAGUAGGGAAAAGCUUUCUUCCAGGGAGUGGGAGUGCCCAUUAGGUUCGGUUUUCAUGCUACGCCAAACAUUUCAUGUCGCUGCAAUGUGGCGCCGCAGUUGCAAUAAUAUAAAUAUUAUACUCGUACGUCGUUUGGCCCAGACAGACACGAGAGCUGCUCACCUCACCUUCUUUAUAUUCCCACCCAUGACACACAGAUUCUGUCUGUGUUUUCUUCGCAGGUGAUACAAAAAAUAUAUAAAAGAGUCCUUGUCAUUGUUUUCACAAGUCGCUGCCAGGAUGCUCUUGUUGUGCCAGGGAUUAAGUGCAGGAAAACAUUGCAUUGAUGGAAAAAUAUUAUUUUGUAAACGUUUUGUAUUUUAUAAGUGUUAACAUUGAACUGAAUUUGCUGGAAAAUAAUAAGG